GUUGUUGUCAUUUGCCAUACAUUUGAGUGAAACACAGACAACCACUUCAUGCCAUCACCCUUUGGGAUCAGUUGCACGCAAUUGUCUCACUUGUCACCCGUCAACACAUCCAAAGAGUGAGUGGUGUUUGAGACCAAUCCUCCGCACAUACAAAGACACUGCUCUUGGAGUGAAUCGUGUGUUUGAUUGAACUGCUCGUGAGGUGACAACAGAUCCCUGAAGAAUGCCAUUAGAAGACAACAAACCGGAGACACUGACCACGAGUACAGACACGCCGUAUGAGUUGGAGUCGCAGUUCAUACUACGGUUGCCAUCGCUGGCCGCCGCCAGUCUUCGGGCAGCCGUCAGAUCAGGUGUGAUGAAUCUGAAGGAGAGGCUCACCGUUCAGAUCGAGCCGGACAUCCGUCGCGGAACCGUUCGCUUCGACGGGUGGGUAUUGCCCGCGAAGAUCAUGGAUUUGCCGACUAUUAUAGAGUCCCACAAAACACUCGACGGAAAGAACUUCUAUAAGACGGCAGACAUUUGCCAACUCAUGGUCUGCAAGGAGGACACCGACGACACGGCCGGCGCCCCUAAACCGGACGACACGACCACAACGGCCGCCGCUGCGGACGACCCGCACGGACAGCGAAAGGGAAAGGACGGGAAGGACAGGAAGCACUUGUGGCCGCACGGGAUUACACCGCCGCUCAAGAAUGCGCGCAAAAAGCGGUUUCGGAAGACCCUGAAGAAGAAAUACGUGGACUUCCCGGAGAUCGAGAAGGAAGUGAAGCGUCUGUUCCGGACGGACAACGAGGCGAAGAGCGUCCGCUACGAAGUGGUGAACGCGGACGACGAGCUCCGGGCGGACUCGAUGGCCAAGUCGUCGGGCGCGCGAUCCCCGGGCCGGGCGGCUGCCGGUGCUGGCGGUGGCCAUGGCUUCGAUGUGGGCGAACACGACAUCUUCGGCGAUGUCGUCAGCAGUAGUGAUGACGACGACGACACCCGACAUAAUAGGGACGACUCGGGAGAUGACAGCCGUAUGUCGUCGAGCAUUAGGGACGCGUUGCUAAUGAAGGACAGGUCGUCGCCCGAGAAAUACGUGACGGAGUUCUCCAGAGGUAUGCUGUCGGAUAGCGCUAUGGGUGGGGACGCGUUGGCAACGGCCGGCACGUCAGGCGCCGGUAACUACGGCUACGAUAUGGACGACGAGGCCAUGGAGUCGUCCAACGCCGUGGACGCGAUGGGCGCCGCACUGGCGGAGGACACGGCGGCCACCAGUGCUCUAGAGAGGGGUCAGGAGAACGAGCAGUUGUGGGACAAACUCAAUGAGAUCGAGGCUGAGAUACAGGCGCUGCAGUCGCAGAGGUUGAACCAGCAGAUGGAAAUGGAUAACAUCGAGAACAUGGCGCUGAAGCAGCGGUUCCAGAGCCAGAUCAACGAACUCAAGGCUCAGGAGGGCUCCAAACGCAGGGAAUACGACGAACUCCAGGCCCUACUCAGUGGCCAAUGAGCGGACGCUUCUGUAUUAUAUUCAACACUAAAAUAACUGUUCAUUAAAAGCAUUGUUUUAUACAAAAUAAAUCAUAUAUUAUUAAAAUUAAACCCAAAUUAAAAA